CAUGACGAUGCGGCGUUUUUGCCAUGGAGGAUGAUAAAAUCCAAUUCAUGUGUUGGCGAGCAAUACUAACGAUGCUGGUGUUGGCUAUGGCUGGUUCCAUUAGCGAUGGAGCGAUUUGUCCGGCUGCUUGCAAAUGUGAGAAUGACGUCCUGAAAACAUCGUGCUCUUCUGCAUCACUAGAGUUCGUUCCGAUCCAGCUCAACCCCGAAUUACACGAACUGGAUCUCUCCAAUAACAAAAUCGUCCAAAUUCAUUUUUCGUUUCCAUUUUAUGAAAAACUUGUCGUACUCAACUUGUCGAGUAAUAAAAUUAAAACACUAGGAAAUUCUAACUUCAAUUUUCAGAGAAAUCUGACCCACUUGGAUCUUAGUAGUAAUCAAAUUGAAAACCUAACCAAGGAUUCUCUGAAGGGUCUCAAAGCACUCACAAACUUGGAUCUCAGAAAUAAUAGUUUGGAGGAAUUGCAAGCGGCUGCCUUCCGAGAGCUUCAUUCCUUAUCAGUGCUUAGGCUUUGCGGAAAUCGUUUAUUACACCUCGAGGAAGGUUUAUUUCGAGCUGCUAAAAAUUUGAAGGAGCUCUAUCUUAAUGACAACCAAUUUUUAGAAGUGCCAACUGCUGCUUUGUCUGAUACUGUGCACCUCCGGUAUUUGUCUUUAUCACGAAAUUUCAUUUUAUAUGUUGAAGAAGGAGACAUGCCAAAUUUACCAGAACUUCAUACACUGCUUCUCAAUAGUAAUGUAAUAACGGAAAUUCAUCCAGCCGGAUUGUCAAGUCUAGUAACUCUCGAUCAUCUUGACUUGAGUGACAACAACUUGACAGCGAUGCCUACUACACCCCUUGCGAAACUUUCCAGCCUCAGUACGCUGAAACUCAGUGGAAAUUUCAUCAGUUUCAUACCUCCUGUAGCAUUCAGAGGAUUAUUUCAUCUGAAGUUUCUCCGAAUAGAUCGGUUAGAUACUCUCAAGCAAAUUGAUGUAAGAGCAUUCGUAGACAAUAUUAAUCUUGAGAAAGUGAAUAUGGACUACAAUAUAGGCAUCAAAAAGUUGCCCACUAGAUUAUUUCAUGGAAACUCAAAGGUUAGAUAUAUUUCGGUUCGAUUCAACAGUCUCCAAAGCCUUGAAGCUAUUCACUUCCCUUUAGAUCAAUUACAUGAAUUAAGAGUCGGGGGUAAUCCUUUGAACUGCAACUGCUCACUUGGCUGGCUUUGGCAGUUACUUCAGGAAUACAGAUCAAAUUCUUUGAAGUUGAAUAGCACAGUGGGUUUGAGGAAAGAUAAAUUGCCUUCUCUCGAUCUAAUUCUUGACGACAGCGACAUCAUUUGUGAUGGUCCUGAAGAUUUAACUGGAGAACUUCUAUCGAGCUCCUCUAAGCACCAAAUGGAUUGUUCCGUAGGUUGGAUGGCAGCAGUUUCAGUUUCUGUAACUGUUAUUUUUAUCCUGCUAGUCAUAGGUGGAGUGGUCUAUUGGGCUCCAAAACGUAGAUCGAAGAAUAAUAAAAAAGAUUUAUCUCUAGAAGAAAAUAUAAGAAGGGGCUUGCCGCCUCCCAAUAUACAUAGAAAAACUGACGUUUACGAGGCAGCUCCAGUAGAAAAAUAUAUUUUGCCACCACCUAUGAUGUAA